AUGCAUCUUAUAAGUGCAUUGCAGCUCGUCAGAGAGGAAUGUAAUGCUGAAAAUUUUAAUGUCGUCCUGUCCUUGCCAGAAUUUGAAGAGCUAGCUAAUCUUUACGAGCAGUACUGCAAAGACGAGAACGACGGUCCCCUGAAGAUGUUCUGGAACUCCUACUUGGAGAUGGUAGCUACUCUGCUGUGUCUCAUCAGGGCCACGAGAGAGGGGAAUUGGGAGCUUCACCUGGAGUGCAUUAAAGCUGUGCUUCCGUGGUUUUUUGCAUAUGAUCACACAAAUUACGUACGGUAUUUACCAGUGUACUUAGUUCACAUGUUAGAACCUCCAGAUACGCACCCCGAAGCUUACAGCUUGCUGUCUCAGGGAGACUUUGGUGUACAACGCACAACCUCCCAUGGAUUCUCGCAGCUUCCAGUUGACCAAACCAUCGAACAAACUUUAAACCGUAACACGAAAACUAAGGGUGGCAUAAUAGGGUUAAGCCUUAAGAAGGGUGCUGUGCAGUGGUGGAUGUUAACUGCUCAUGCAAGAGCCAGCUUUGCCGAUCGAUGUAGAGAGAUGCCUUCUUCACAUCCUCAGGACGAGAUAAAGGGUCACAAGGAGUCGGGCUCGGUUCGCAAGAGAAAGGAUGAAGAAGACGUGAAGAAGGUCAUGGAGGUGAUCAGUCAAUGGAGGAAUCCAUUUGAGACAGCAGACGAUCUCGUGAGUCUGAGCUCAGGUUCCAUCGCAAGCAGCGCUUUGAAGGAAGACCUGCUAAAAGCAGAAGAGAAACGAAAGUCUGCGUUAGUGUAG